AUGGACAGAGAGGUUAUCACAGGGGAUUCGACUCCGGUCGACAAAUCGUCCAAUAUGAAAGACAACGGGUCAGAAACAUCCAUGCACCUAGAACAUAUACCAACACUCCAUGAAGGCUCUGAUAGUUCUUCCUGGCCAUCCAAUCCUCGAGAUCCCCGCAAUUGGCCAAAAUCGAAGAAGAACACCCAGAUCAUCAUGGUUGCCUUCCAUUCGAUGGUGUCGACCUUUAUGGCGGCCGGUAUCAUCCCGGCUUUUGAGGUUUUCGCAGAGGAAUACGGCGUCACCGUCCCGGAAGCGAGUUAUCUGACUUCCAUCCAGAUUCUCCUGUUAGGAAUCUGCCCCAUCUUCUGGAAACCCAUCACCUGCGUCUACGGCCGGUAUCACGUCCUCAUGUUCUCUGUCGUCGGGAGUAUGGUCUGCAACAUCGGCGGUGCUGUAUGCACAUCCUACGGCGCCCAGAUGGCCACUCGCAUCCUCACGGCUAUCCUCAUUUCCCCUCCCGUCGGCCUAGGUAGUGGUGUGAUUACCGAACUCUGCGAGCCAGGCGAACGCGCCCAGAAACUCGGCUGGUGGACGCUGAUGAUCACGAUGGGCACCCCCGGCGGACCGUUCAUCAUGGGCUUCGUGACGCAACACGCAGGCGUGCAGUGGAUCUUCUGGAUCUUCACCAUCAUCAACUUCGCCCAGUUCAUCUGCUAUCUCAUCUUCGGCGACGAAACCAUGUAUCACGCAGACCACCAGCCCAAAGCCACCACCCCCAGCACAGCCUGGACAAAGCUGAUCCCCCGCCGCAUCGAUCCCCGUCCAAUCCAGCUGAAAGAAUUCCUCGAGCCGCUCCUCUUCGCCCGGUAUCCUCGCGUCUUCAUCGCGGCCUGCGCUCACUCCAUCGUAUUCUGCUACGCCAACAUCGCCCUCAUCGUCGAAAUGCCCAUCGUCUUCGGCAAAAAGUUCCACUUCAACCCCCAACAGAUCGGUCUGCAGUUCAUCGCAAUCAUCAUCGGCUGCGUCCUCGGCGAACAAGUCAGCGGGCCCAUGUCGGAUUGGUUCUUGAGGACGCUUCACAAACGACGCGGUCACACGUGUCCUGCUGAUCGGUUGUGGCUGGCGUAUAUCGGGUACGCGACUGUGUAUGCUGGUCUGCUGACGUGGGGAUUUCAGCUGGAAAAGGCAGACAGCUGGAACGUCACGCCGUGUGUUGGGGCUGCGAUUGCGAGUUUUGGGAAUCAAGUGUUGAUGACGAUUUUGAUUUCGUUCGCGGUGGAUAGUUACAAGGAGACGGCGACGCAGGUUGGGCUGUUUAUUAAUAUCUUUCGGCAUAUUAUUGGCUUUAUUGGGCCAUUCUAUUUCCCACCCAUGUUUGAGACAUUGGGUCUGGGAACGGCGGCUGGUGUUAUGCUGGCCAUUAUUGGGGGGUGUGCGUUGAUUCCCACGGUUGCGAUUCAGUUUGUUGCUUCUCGUAGGAAGUCGGGAUGA